UUUACUAUAAAUACACUAACCAUUUAGCUAUAGCUUCAUGCAGUAUCACCAACUUGCAAUAACAUUCUAGCAAGAAAACUAGCUCUCAUUUCAUUUUGCUUGUGUGGACCUAUAAUGGCUUUCUCUCUGUGGUCUCAACUUUCCCUUUUCAUUGUCUUGCUUGUAGUACAAACUCCAGGGGAGGCUGCAACAUGCAGUGACUGUUUCGUUCAUUCUCGGGCAAGUUAUUAUCCGAAUUCUGAAGCGCAAGGAACAGAUAGUGCUUGUGGUUUUGGUUCAUUUGGGGCAACCAUCAAUGGAGGGGAUGUCUCAGCUGCCUCUGACCUCUAUCGCAAUGGCGUCGGAUGCGGUGCUUGUUACCAGGUGAGGUGCACCAACAGCCGCUAUUGCUCAGACAAAGGAGCAACUGUGGUUAUAACUGACCAAGGCUCCGGUCACAACACGGACUUCAUCCUUAGCAAACGAGCCUUUAGCCGGAUGGCUCAAACUACUGAUGCAGCUGCUUCUCUGCUGUCCCUUGGGGUAGUCGAUAUUGAAUACCGACGGGUUUCAUGCAGCUACCCAGGAAAAAAUAUUACAAUCAAGAUUGAUGAGAACAGUAAUUAUCCUCACUAUUUGGCUUUUGUAAUAUAUUACCAGCAAGGGAAGAACGAUAUCACAGCUGUCCAGCUAUGUGAGACACAAAAUUUUUCCUGCAAACUAUUGGACAGGAGUUAUGGAGCAGUUUGGACAACUACCUCACCCCCAAGUGGACCCUUGCAGGUAAGGAUGCUGUUCAGUGAUGAAGAUGGUGAUGAGAAUUGGGUUGUUCCUGAGAAUAACAUACCACAAGACUGGAAAGUUGGACAAACAUAUGACUCAGGAGUUCAAGUGAACUAAUUAUAGAUAGACAUGCAAAUGCAGCAGAUCAAAUAUUCUAAUGUUUUUCUUUUGCAAAUAGGAAUAUGCUUGAAUAAGAGGAUUGGUUGGCAGAAUUCCUUCAUGUAAUCAUCACAGUGUUCACCCAAAUUCUAUAAAUUAUCAAUUUUUUAUUAUA